CGUCUUUGUCCACGAUCAUCAUCGACGACCGAGCAUUACUCGCGGAUCUGCAAUUGCGCUUCUUACUAACCAAGCCGACUUGUUGGCCCUUGGACCCUCUUGGACCUGCUUACUCCACUAAACAAUAUUGAUCUUCGCUGACGCUUUGGGCAGGCAGAACCCAUGUCGAUCCUUCAAAGCACUAAUAAAAGAGCACUCCGUAAAGCGAUCACCACGACCCUCCGGGAAUUAUCUCAGUCUGAUAUCCAGUCGCAAACACAGGCCAUUACCGAAAAAGUCCUUUCGCUGCCCGCAUUCCAGCAAUGCAAGACUGUCAGCUGUUAUCUUAGUAUGCCAGCAGCCGAGGUUCAGACUUCUUCUUUGAUCCUGAACAUUCUGGGAGAUCUAGGGAAGACGUUAUUUGUUCCUAGCAUCACAUCCAGCGAUGGUUACAUGGACUUUGUACGAGUAUAUACCGAAGAGGACUAUCGCAGCUUUCCUGCCGGUUUAUGGGGCAUUCCAGAACCGACGCCUGAAUGGUCGAGUAAAAAACGUCAAAGUAUUUUCGAUGCAGACUGCAACAAUUUGGAUCUAAUCCUCGUGCCUGGUGUUGCCUUCGACCAAUCACUCUCGCGGCUUGGGCAUGGAAAGGGCUACUACGAUCGAUUCAUAACAUCAUAUUCUUCCUCUACUGGGCGAUCGAAACCAUUAUUAGUCGCUUUAGCUUUGGAGCAGCAACUUUUGGAACAUGGACAAGUACCGAUGUUCGACCAUGAUUGGAAGAUGGACAUGAUUAUCACACCCGACAAAGUUAUCACUGCACCUCGAGCUUAAGAUGGAUACCAAGAUCCGUUAGGAACGGUGGAGAAUGCUUCAUGCUCCAUGAUGUGCUGGCGAUACACAUGUCAUCAAAUUAUCGAUGUGGCAUGCACGGG